UUAUUUAAUUGACGCAUGCGCCACACAUUGCAAUCAGCUGUCAAAAAGAACAUAAUCACCUAAAAAACAAAAUUAUUUGUGUCUUUAGAUAAUUCCCGUCAAUAUGGCGGGGCAAAAUCCAGGUUCGCCGACUGACUUUCAAUAUUUUUAUGAGGAUGAAGUCUAUAAAAUCAACAACCGUGGUCAAGUCGUCUUCGGUCUUGUACUUGAAAACUAUGAAGGCAUCUCAAGCGACCAAGAGAGCGACAUUGAAGCAGCUGUACAAAAAGGCGAAAUUCGUGUUGUGUGGCACCCCUCCGGCACUGAACGAGUCAUAUCCGAAAAGACGGUUGGGCUAGCUGAUCGCUCGCUAAUGCCAGGAGACGUUGUUCGACGCCUAAUAGCUGGCAAGGACACCCAGAGGGGAUACUGUAGAGAUAUUGUAAUGACUGCCGCCCUACAAAUAGUUGGUACCAAACAUGUGAUUCCAAGUGUAGCCAGUGAGAGACUGCAACCAUUAGAAGAGUUCACUCCUGACCUUGCAGUGUGUCUCGAUUCCUGGGUUGGAACCUCAAAGGCUGUGCAUAGUAAAUUGCGGCUCUUAUCAGCCGAUGGCUCCCGCCUUGAAUACCCCGACCUAGACAGUUGUCCACUGGAGGACUACUCCAUGCGGCGACGUCGCUCCACACCAUACUCCUCAUCAGAGUUUUACCCCGGCCAAGUAGUGUACGGUCCGCUUGGUUCCUUAGACAAUGCUAACUGGCUUCACAUGACAAAGGAGAUGAAGGCUGCCAGAAAACAUAAGAAUCAUGAUCAUAAGUUUACAGUGGAGGCAGUGGUGACGGAGAGCGUCAGUGUCCACUGGCAGUGCCGUGCGCUCUGCACCCACGUGGCGGAUGCAACCGCCGCACCUGCGCAGCCCAAAUUUCUCGUUGAAGGUGAAGAUCUAAAGAACCUCAAGUUGCUCAAUGUGUUUGAACCAUGCACACUACAGGUCGGUGACCGCAACUUCCUUACUAUCGGUCCAGAAGACACGUUCAUUAGUAAGAAGCAAUGGAGGAAACAACAAAGUAAAUACUAUAGGAAUCUCCGCAAACAGUCGCGGCCAAUUAAGAAAUCGUCGAAGUCAGAUAACAAUUCCACAGACCACAUGCCGUCCAGACCCAAGAAGAGGGCUUCGUCACAUCGCAAACUGAAAUCUGUUGAUAAUGAAAUGGAAGUAGAUGCAUCAGAUGAGAAGCUAGAGUGCUUGGAAGAAGUACUGAAGGCGGACGCGAACUGCCCCAGCAUCAAGAUUGAGCCCAGUGGAGACAUGUCACUGCCAAUGGCCAGUAGUCAAGAAGACACCGUUACAGAGGAGAAAAACGAUUCAGGGAUCAGCCCUGAGCCGACAAAGGAAGAUAGCUCACUACUGAACGGUGACAGCAAGUACUCGGACGGCAACGACGAUGACUCCGACAACUGGGAGAACACGAGCAGCGACGGCAGCGACACCGACAGUGGCGCGACGUGGUCGUCGCGGUGCUCGUCGGCGGCGUCGCAGCGCGGCAAGCGUUCGCCGCAGCUGGCCGUGCGGCUGCUGCGCGGCAAGCGGCUCAAGCGGACCGUGCGCCGCGCGCCGCCCGCGCCGCCGCCGCGCCUCGGCGACCGCGUCGUCGUCGAGACGCUGCACACCACCAGCCGCGCCAACGUCGUCUGGCAGGAUGGAACCAUAGAGAUGGGCAUACCAUCGACCCAACUGUAUCCGAUACACCAUUUGGAUGGUCAAGAGUGCUUUCCCGGCGAUUUCGUAGUUAGCGGCGCUGCCAAUAUUGAGGAGAAUCAGCAGCUGAAACACAGAGAGUAUGGCGUGGUGCAACGCGUAGACCACCACGGCCGCACCGCCAUCGUGCACUGGUACCGGACCUACACCAGCGCGGAUGAGCCUGUUCCCCAGAUGCUGAACGAAAGCGAAAUGAGCGUUUACGACCUGAAGGACCACCCAGACUUCCAAUAUCGACCGGGGACAGUGGUUAUACGAGUAGCCAACUUCACUGGCGAAGACGCCAACUGCACCGCCGGCCAAGUCAUAGACAACUUCCCCACCGGCCGCGUCAAGGUCUGGUGGGUGGAUGGGCACACCAGCAUGUGCUGGCCACAGGAUCUUUACAAGGUGGGCGAGUAUGACUCUGAGGAUGGCGAGCUGUGGGGCUCGGAGGGCUCCGGCUCGGAGGACUCGUGGGAGACGCAGAGCUCGGCGCACGACGCCGACCCCGCCGACCGCGCCGACCGCGCCGACCGCGCCGACCGCGCCGACGCCGACCGCGACCACCACCUGCACCACUUGCAGCCCCUGCAGCAUCUGCCGCACGCGCAAGUAUUCGUGAACCCCAUGCGUCAAGAAGCGGCGGUAGUGGAGACGUUAAGCGUGGGGUCCGGGGCAGGAGCGGUAGCGGGCGCGGGCGCGAGUGCGGGUACGGGCGCGUGCGCGGCAGCGGGCGCGGGCGCGGGCGUGGUGCCGCGGCUGCUGGAACCGCGGGUGGCCGCGCACAUCGAACGAGGCCGGGUCGCUAUGCGCCGCCUUGAGGAAAUGUUCGCCAAGCAUCCCACAUUGCAAAGUCAAGAGAUAAUGCGUAAACUAUUAAAUUUAUAUAAAGACUGCCGGUUCUUGGAUCGUUUGAUGGGAACUUCGUUCUUCCACGAAGAUCACUUUUUGGGCUUGCUGGAGCGCGUCCGCGAGCGUGGCGCCAGCACGCCGCGCGCUGGUGAGCGGCGCGUGCACGAGCAGCUGGCGCGUCUGUUCGCGCCCGUCGCGCCCGUCGCGCCCGACACCAACACCGUGCCCGCGCAGCCCGACACACCUGCAGCAACUGCCGCGCCCGCCACGCCCGCCACGCCCGCCACGCCCGCCACGCCCGCCAUGAGGCUUGACGACCAAGCCAACAAUCGCACCAUCAUCGCUUCCAAUGUCACCGUCGAGCCCAUGGAGGUUGAAAGUACAACACCCAAAAAAGAGUUACACCUAAAUUUGGAAUCAGUACAGGCAUCUGGAUCAGAAAAUAAUGUAUUGCAAGAAAGUGCUAAUGGAGAAAACACGGCCGCAGAGGCGACAGACGUGGAGGGCACAACGCGCAACGUAUGUUACAAACUGUGCUCGCUCAUACACUCGCAACUUGUCAAAGCGCAUGCAGAAGUCAGCCGGAGAAGGCCGCAAGAGUUGGCCGAAUUCCUUAACGGGUUAAUGAGAACACAAAUCUCGAGAGAAGAGAAGUUACCCUACCACUUUUCAGUACAAUACGGCGCUUUGGUCGUAAGCAUGGCUGAUCAGGAUGAGAAAGGUGACGAUAAAUCGACUGGGGACAUCAAAGACGCUACAACUAUUACAGUACCCAAAACUGAAGGCGUUACGGCAACUCCCGCGCCGGAAAGCGCGCCGCUCGCGACGGCCGAGGCGGCCGACGUGGAAGUGGACGCGGACGCCGAGUCGGACGCCGAGGCCGAGGGCGGUGAAGGGUUCUGCGUGCUCGAGUCGGCGCCGGCCGCGCACCGCUUCCAUCUGUCCAUACUGCAACCGUCCGAGCCCAAAAGCUUCUAUUCCGCUGUCAAGCGAGAGAUCAAAUUGCUCAAGAGCGACCUGCCCCCUGGCGUAUGGGUGCGCGGCUACAUGGACCGCAUGGACCUGCUGUCGGUGAUGAUAGCGGGCCCCACCAAGACGCCGUACGAGGGCGGGCUGUUCGUGUUCGACGUGCAGCUGGGCGGCGAGUACCCGCGCGCGCCGCCGCUCUGCCACUACCACUCCUACUGCACCGACCGGCUCAACCCCAACCUCUACGAGGACGGGAAGGUGUGCGUGUCUCUACUGGGCACGUGGUCGGGACGCGGCGUGGAAGUGUGGGGCAAGGACAGCUCACUGCUGCAGGUCAUAGUCUCCCUGCAGGGGCUCAUACUCAACGCCGAGCCGUAUUUCAACGAGGCCGGCUAUGAGAAACAAAAGGGUACGCAGCAGGGCAAAGAGAACUCGCGUAUGUACAACGAAAUGGUGCUCCUAAAACUGGUGCAGAGUAUGACUAAGAUGGUGAUGAAUCCACCGGAGCCGUUCCGCACCGAGAUCCUCCAGCACAUGCGGCAGCAGGCGGGCGCCCUCUGCCGGCGGCUCGAGGCACUAGUAGCGGAGCCUGCGCCCGCGCCGCCCGACUACCCUCUCCUGCCUGCUUCGCGCGGUUUCUGCCUCACGCUUCGCUCCUCUCUCGAGUCUUUCCGCAACGCGCUUCGCCGCAACGAUAUCCACGUACCUCCAUCCACCUUAUAGCCGACCGAGUACCACCCCAUAGAUAGCACUAGUAUUUAAUGUUGUUUUCGCGCCCAUCGGCGUAUAUAAAUCGAAUCACGUAUCACAUACACCGUCACCCGACAGUCGAGCUAGUUUCGGUUCCACACGCGAGACGUCUCUUUACAAAUUAUAAAAAAAAUAAAUCAAUAUUUGUAGCUAUAGUAUUUAUUGUGAUGUACUUUUCGACUAUAGGAAUAUUAUAGAUGUUCGAGCCGAGCGUUAUAUCUAGUUAUUAUUUUCUACAUUUCUUUUUUAUUCACGAUUUUAAAUUGAAAUUAAUAUUUCGAUUUGUCAUCGAGUAUUAUCGUGACGAGUGCAUGGAAAACGUAUUUGUUAUUCAUAUUGUUAGCCAAUAUGAAAAUAACCGGUUUGAAUUAUUGCUAAACCAAAUUCUAAAUGAAAUGUUCGAUCUUAUGCGAAUGAUAGAUUUAUUAAUUAAUGAAUAGAUAAUUAAUAAUAUUUAUUUAUUGAAAAGUAAUAGUACUUUUGAUGCAACAUCCAACGUCGUAAUUUUAGGUUUACGAGUACUUAUUGAAAUUAUAUUUUAAAAUGGAAGCUUUUUGCUACGGUUAGUACUUCGCUACACUCAUGUUAUUGCUGCAAUAAAGACAGUUCAUAUAGUGUAUAAAUAGGAUGUUCCUGUUAACUUAUAUUUCUACGGUCGUUGCGGUACAUUGUUUGCUAGUUAUUUGUAUGAGGAGUGUAUUAUGAAUGUCUCAUUAGUUUCCCUUUAUGUAUGUGUAAUGUUAUGAAUAGAUAUGUUUUUUUUAUGUUUGUUUUCUCCGCGAUUGUAUUAUUUAAUUGGGAAUUGUAAUUAAAAAUUACAAAACAAAAUCGUCCAGAGUUAAAAUCAAUACAGAAAAUAUUUUAGUAUAGUAAUUUAGUUGCUAAUAUUAUCGGAAUAACUUAGUCUCAAAAUUGUUUCUCAUUACUGCUAAGGUUUUAAAUUAUUUUGUCAUUCGAAAUGAAUUAGUUCAAUAAUGGUUUACACUUAGGUACUAAAAAAUCGUUAUGCUGUGAUCGGUCAUUCGUAUUAAGUACAUAAUAACACGUAAAAAUAUUUAGUCCGCAAAUUCUUCGUACCACUAUAGUUUAGAUGAACAACGUUAUUAUUCCAACAAAAACUAAUUAAACUGUUACAACAUUACUAGUGCGACUUAUCUAAAGCUUUCAUACCUGUAUUGAAAUAAUUACACGUAUCACAGACGAGUUAUAGAUGUCGCACCUACACCUAUGUGUUGCGUGCCACAUUCGUUUCUCCCGUAGUCUCUAAUAGCCAACUUGGUUACUAGUUAAACAUUUGGGUAACCUUUAUAUUAUACUGAACAGCCAGGGAUUUAUUUUAAAUAACAUAUUUACCAACAUAUAGUUGACGUGUUUUGCCCCACUGGCAAUUUCUUUUGCUUAUUUUUUUACUCUGUAUAUCCGACACUCAUCUGCGUUACUCUCUCUCUCUCUGAUUAUAAUUUUACAUUAAUACAUAACUCUUACCUUUUUGUAGUUAAUGUUUAAUACCAAAAUUAGUAAUUCUACAGUUACUCUAACUGGCACUACUCCGAGCUCAAGAGUAACUUAAAAACCCAUUAUUUUCGAAGCUCACUACGUCGUCGUUGCAAGAGUUAACUACAUUCAAAUUUUUUUGGAAAUUCAUGACAAAAUAUGUAGAAAAAGGUCUCAUCCUGUUCUCCACCAUCUCUGUUGCUUUAGAGAUGAUGUUUUUGAGUAUUCACUAACAAUAUGACAUUUGUAAUUACAAAAGUAUGGCACGCUUAGGUUUCACAUUAGGUACUUGCGGCAUCUAUCUCUAUUUGUCUGUGGCUCAACUAGUGAGAUAGUGAAUGCAACAUUUAGAAUCUAAUCUGGAAGAACGUUCCUUUUAUCCGCUUCUAGUAUAUCCGACAAUAAUAUUGAAUAUUGCGCGCGAAAAGCGCCGCGCGGCUGCACAAAUACAAUGUAACUUCAUGCCAAAGUCAAUUGAGCUAAGAAAGGCUUUUGUCGCUUGUGUACGCGAGAUAAGUGACAACUAUGUAAUAAUGAUGAUAAAAUAAAUAAUUCUUCAACCUUA